AUGUUUGCAUAUAAAAAUUAGGAUACGUGAUUAGAGGCAGUAUCGAAGCACUCGAUCCAUUUUUUUGUGUGCAGAUAUUGUGAGAGAUUGACAGCAUGAACAAAAUCUGCACAAUACAUUUCACAAUAUAGUUAAAGCUAGUUUCACAUUCAGCUAAACAUGCAAAAAAGUUUCAGAAAUGUACUUUGAGAAACCAAAACAGCAGAAUAAGUAGAUCACAGCAGCAGACUCGCUGUUGAUUGAUUUAGCUAGUCAAAUGUUGCAGCAGAUGUUAUUAUGUUCAUACAGUUAGUACAAAGGUCAAUAAAAUUUUACAACAAAUUAGCACAUUUAAGUCACAGAUUCACUGAUUUUCAAGCUGUAUUUAUGUCAGAAUUUCUGUAUAUACCCAUUCUUUUUUUUAAAAAUCACCUUAUUCAUAGUAAUGUCACCAGCAUAUGGGAAAGUAGAUAGCCAGGUGGUUUGAGCAUUGGUGUCAGAACCUGGAAUCAUGCUGGUUCAAUAUCCAUGGGAUAGUGAACUUCCUCUAGUCAACCGGCCGGUCGUGGUGCAACAGUUAGCACUUGUCACCAAUACAGUGUAAAUUGACUGUCCUGGGUUCAGCUCUCGCCUUUGGCACGCUGUUCUUUCUUUGGAUGUGGCAUCUGUUUUCAGGGUUGGCUGCCUUACCAUGACAUAGCCUUAGUUGCUGGCUUGGUGCAAACGACCAAUUCUCCCCUCCCCAUCACCUAGUCAACCCAUUUGUCGGGGAUGGGUACCUGAUUAUAGAUUGUUGAACAAAGGUAAAGCAAUGAGAGGAAGGGGAGAUUGGCACCCGCUGUCACAAAAAAAGCUGGCAUUAGACAAGUGCUCUCUAAGUCCUUCCCCAGUGACCCUAAAAAGACUGCGUCUGCCUAAAUGGGUGAAGACAGAGAUUCCUAUGGGUUCAGAAUUCCAUGGCCUCAAGACUUCCCUCAGACAGCUAAAUCUUCACACAGUGUGUGAAGAAGCAAAGUGUCCUAAUAUUGGCGAGUGUUGGGGAGGAGAGAAAGACACUGCCACUGCUACCAUCAUGUUGCUAGGAGACACAUGCACAAGAGGUUGCCGUUUCUGCUCGGUCAAAACAGCAAGACAGCCACCACCUCCAGAUCCUGAGGAACCUGUCCACACUGCAGAGGCUAUAUCACAGUGGGGACUAGGCUAUGUUGUACUUACCUCAGUUGAUAGGGAUGAUUUACCAGAUGGUGGUUCACAACACUUUGCCCAGACAGUCAAGGAGAUCAAGAGAAGGAAACCAGAUCUGCUGGUGGAAUGCCUUACACCUGAUUUUCGAGGUGAUAUGGAUGCUGUCGAUCUUGUGGCAGAGUCUGGCCUUGAUGUCUAUGCCCACAAUGUAGAAACAGUAGCUGAGCUACAGAGGUUUGUACGAGAUCCUCGAGCUAGCUAUGAGCAGUCUCUUGCUGUGCUGAGGCGUGCCAAACAUGGUCGUCCAAACAUCAUCACCAAGACCUCUAUUAUGUUGGGACUUGGCGAAACAGACAACCAGGUGCAACAAGUGAUGGAGGAUCUGAGGAAAGCAGACGUGGACUGUUUAACCCUGGGACAGUAUAUGCAACCAACUAAACGACAUCUCAAGGUAAAAGAAUAUCUCCAUCCAGACAAGUUCAAGCACUGGAAGGAGGUAGGGGAUAGUUUGGGGUUUUCCUACACUGCCAGUGGUCCUCUUGUUAGGUCUUCAUACAAAGCUGGUGAAUUUUUUAUAAAAAACCUACUUGAGAAGAAACACAGUGGAGCAAAGACAUCGUUUGAGGGACAACUUGCUGAUUAGCUGAAAAGAAAUUCUCAGAUCAUUAACUCUAUUUGGAAAAUUCCUCUCCUGACUCCAGAACUGCUGCCAAGUAUAACUUGUGUCACAAAAAAUGUGCUGUGGACAAGAGAAUGAUUUUGCAGUGUGUAUGGUGUCCUCUUAGCCAAGAAAUGUCUUUAUGUACAGCAGUGAGUGGUUACAGUUCUUCUGCAACAUACUGUUUGAAAUGCUGGAUUUAAAAGAUGAGAGGUCUGACUAAUAACUGAUAAAAUGUAUGCAUCAAUAAUGAUGAUAAAGUUUUAUGCUUUUCCUCACCAUUGAAGGCUAGCUCAAAGUGCUUGAUAAAAAUAAUAAUAAUAAUGGUCUCAAAGCAGAGCUCACAUGUUUACAAUUAGUGUUGCUACUCAUGUUGAAAAGAAUGUAAUGUCAUUCGCAUAGAUGCAGUCCAUUUGGCUCAGUACCACUACCAAACUAUCCCUUUCUAGCCUUUCUCUGACAGUCUUGACUUAAAGCUUUGAUUUGUAGUUGUAGCUGUUUUGGUGAUAUUAGCAGUGGUGGUGUUAGUUGCAUUAACAAUAUGAAGUUGUCCAUUUUUGGCAAACACAUGAUUGCUACCAUCGACACAGUAGCAGCAAAGAAGCAUAUAAAUAUGUAAAGCAUAUAAAUGGGGGCUGGAAAACAUUAAAAAGAUUAAAUGCAAGAAAAUUAAACUGUACUUUGCUUCUUGACUGAAAGUAACAGUGAGAAUCAUUGAAAGUAAUGUAUGCUGUAAACUUUCUGAAGACAAUUGCUCCAUUUACAUUUGAAUGCAAACUGUAAUAAUUCAGUUAAAAGUGAACUUGAUUGUGCCUUUGUUGUAGUUUGGUGUGGCCUUGAUACUUUCAGUUAUUACAUGCUAAUGAUGUAGAAAAUAAUCUUUCUCUUCUCUAGCCGCUUUAAUGUGACAAGGGAGAUGACUGUAUGGUGGAACACAACAGUCUUUCCUUUUGAUAAAGAGGAUUGUUGUCAGGCUUUAUCAUCCACAGGUUUUCAAACCCAUAGUUUAAACUAUUGGCAGUUUUCAGAUCUGUACUUUAAACUUGGGGGUUUCAGAUCACUUCCCCCAAUAAAAUUGUUGGAAGUCUUAUCAAUCAAUAGCAGAAAAGUGUUCACAUCCUUGUAAAUUUCAAAUCCAUAUUUGAUACAAAAUGUCUAAUAGUAGACAAGAUCUAAAUUGUUUUAAGACUCUCAACACCAAAUUUGCUUACAUUUUCAGACCUUUAAAGGAAAUUGUCUUAUAAUGAUUAAGAGCUGUUAGAAUCAUUGUGCACAAUGAGAAAUACAGUAUCAACCAUCAUUGUUUAAUUGUGAAGAGAUGUUUCUUCUGAACAAGUGCUACAUGCUUGUGCUCACUGAGUUUGGACUAAUCUAACUGGCGUGUGUAGUGACAUGAUGUGAGAAACUAAAGUGUUGCUCAUAUUAAUAAUAAAAAAAACUAAGUACA